AUGGGGAUCAAUUACUCCAGCUUGUUGGAAGACCUUGAUGCCAAUCAAGAGGAAAAAGAAGCAAAGAAGGAAGUUUUUAGGAAGUACUUGGAGUCUAGUGGAGUUCUUGAUGCUCUGACCAAAGUUCUUGUUGCCCUAUACGAGCAGAAUGACAAGCCUUCUUCAGCUAUUGAGUUUAUACAACAGAAAUUAGGUGGUCCAACAGUGUGCGAAUAUGAAAAUUUACAAGCUGAGAUGUCUGAUUUGCAAAUAAAAUAUUACGAGCUUUUGGAAGCACACAAAGAAAAAUGCUGGGAGUUUGUCAUACCUCCAGUAGAAGUUAACAUUAACAACCCACAUCACUCAAGCGGUAAUAACAUUGGAAUAACUGGUGCAGGUUACAACUAA